AUGGCGGCGGGUCUGGAGUGGGGGCGCCUGAAGACAGCCUGUGCUGCCACAGUGCUAUUUGCGUUUCCAAGAGCAACAAAAAAUGAAGAAGUCUUUGGUGAAAGCAGGGGGGAGAUCUUUUUUACUAUUUACUGUAGGAUCCUGUUCAUGCUUGUGACAGUGAAUUACACAGUACUUUGGUUUCCUGCUAUGACUGGGUCCCCUGGAGUUUUAACCCUCAGAGUUCCCUACAACUCUAUUGAUGAGCCUCCAUCAGUUUGUGUGUUAGUGUCUUUUGAGGAUGUUGCUGUGGACUUCACAUGGGAGGAGUGGCAGGACCUUGAUGAUGGUCAGAGGACUUUGUACAGGAGUGUGAUGCUGGAGACCUACAACAACCUGGUGUCAUUGGGGUACUGCAUUACCAAACCUGAAGUGAUCUUCAAGUUGGAGCAAGAAGCAGAACAAUGGACAAUAGAUUCCCAAAACCGGAGUCUACAAGGUCAGUAUGUCCUGGGCACUGAGGCUGGAAAGAAUGUUCAGAUAGUCAAAGCUCCAAUUACAAAAAGCGAAGAAGGUCAUGAUACACAUUUGCAGGAUGUUGUAAUUGCCAACAGCAAUACAUCAACUGAGGAGAAAGUUGAAAUAGAAGCAUUUCAUUUGAGCUCAAACUAUAUUUCAAAUUCAAUUAUAAAUAGCAAAAAGUAUUUAGGAAUGAGGUGCAAAGAGUUCAAUGUAUGUUUGAAUGCACUUCCUCCUAGAGAGGCUGAUUGGAUGCAUGCUGGAGAGAAAUCUGAUGAGGGUAAUAUAACUGGGAAAUUGUGGAGACAUUGUGAGCAUCUUAAUCAGCAUUCUAAGAUUUAUGCUCAGCAGCAGGCUUCUGAAUAUAGUGGACAAUGGAAAUCCUUCAACACAGAGCCAAUAUUAUUGGAACAGAAGAAAGUGUACAUGGGAGAGACAUCCUGUAAAUAUACUGAAUGUGAUAAAUCAUUCAUGAAGAAAUUACCCCUUACAAUCCGUAAGAGAACACAAACAGGGGAGAAGCUAUAUUUGUGUAAUGAAUGUGGGAAAACCUUUCAUAAGUCCUCAAACCUCAGCAAGCAUGAGAGAAUUCACACAGGUGAGAGACCAUAUGAAUGUAGUGAAUGUGGAAAAACCUUUCAUGAGAAGUCAAAUCUCAGCAAGCAUCAGAGAAUUCACACAGGUGAGAAACCAUAUGAAUGUAAAGAAUGUGGAAAAACUUUCUACCGUAAAUCAUGCCUCAGUGCACAUCAGAGAUCCCACACAGGUAAGAAACCAUAUGAAUGUAAAAAAUGUAAGAAAGCUUUCAACCAUAAGUCAAACCUCAGGGUACAUCACAGAUCUCACACAGGUGAGAAACCAUAUGAAUGUAAAGAAUGUGGAAAAACUUUCUACCGUAAAUCAUGCCUCAGUGUACAUCAGAGACUUCACACAGGUGAGAAACCAUAUGAAUGUAGCGAAUGUGGAAAAACCUUUCACAGGAAGUCACACCUCAGCAGGCAUCAGAGAAUUCACACAGGUGAGAAACGAUAUGAAUGUAGUGAAUGUGGAAAUACCUUUCACAGGAAGUCACACCUCAGCAGGCAUCAGAGAAUUCACAGAAGUGAGAAACUAUAUGAAUGUAGUGAAUGUGGAAAAACCUUUCAUUGGAAGUCUAACCUCAGCAGGCAUCAGAGAAUUCACACAGGUGAGAAGCCAUAUGAAUGUAGUGAAUGUGGAAAAACCUUUCACAGGAAGUCACACCUCAGCAGGCAUCAGAGAAUUCACACAGGUGAGAAGCCAUAUGAAUGUAGUGAAUGUGGAAAAACCUUUCAUGAGAAGUCAAAUCUCAGCAAGCAUCAGAGAAUUCACACAGGUGAGAAACCAUAUGAAUGUAAAGAAUGUAGAAAAACUUACUCUAGUAAAUCAUGUCUCAGAGAACAUCAGGGAACUCACACAGAUGAGACACCAUAUGAAUGUAGUCAGUGUGGGAAAACCUUUCACAGGAAGUCAAACCUCACCAGACAUCAGAGAAUUCACACAGGUAAGAAACCAUAUGAAUGA